AUGGGGAAUCUGCUCAUCAUUAUAGCCAUAAAGUCCAGUCAAACUCUGGGCACCCCCAUGUACUUUUUUCUGGCCUAUUUUUCCUUCAUAGAUACCUGCUAUAUGUCCUGUGUGGCUCCCAAGGUGAUAUAUAUUUGCUGCAGGAGAGGGAAACGAUCUCCUUUAGUGGCUGCAUUUCACAGCUCUUUGCAGAACAUUUGUUCGCCUGCCACGAUCAUCCUCCUCAUGGCCAUGGGCUAUUAUUGCUACAUGGCCAUCUGUAAGCCCCUAUGCUACAUGGUCAUCAUGAGUCAGCGUGUGUGUGGCCUGCUGGUGGGGGUGGCCUGGAAAGGAGGCUUCCUUCACGCAACUAUCCAGAUCCUCUUCGUGGUCCAGUUGCCAUUCUGUGGCCUCAUUUUGUUGAAGCUUCCUUGCACCGACACCAAGGUCCACGGCCUGUUGGUUGUGGCAUACACUGGGGCGAUGUUCAUUUUGUUCUUCUUUCCAUGUAUUUUCAUGUACAUGGGGCCUGUGUGCACUCUCCGUGUGGACAAGUCGGUGGCCAUAUAUUACAUUGCCACCCCCAUGCUGAACCCCGUCAUCUACACUGUGAGAAAAAUGGAGGUGAAAUAUUCCAUGAAGAAGCUGUGA